GACAGAAAUCCCUCUCCACCUCCAGAAUUACAGGCAAACAUUGAGGCAUCAUCUGGUGAUUGUAUUGGUCAAACAGCUUUUAGUAAACAUUGGUUGUUUACUACUCUUAUGAAACUUAUAAAAGAGGUUGAACCAAAAGAAAGUGAAAUUAAAAAUGGUUCUUGUGAUGGAAACGAUUCAUCUUCUGCAUCAAAUGAUGUUAAUAAUGAAGAUAAUGAUGAUGAAGAGGUGGAUGAAGAAACACAGAAUGAAUUAUGUAAAUUAUGGGAUAUGUCAAUGAAUGGGGAAGUGGCCACCUUUCUUCAUGAGUAUAAAGCAAUAGAUAUUUUAACUGGUGUUAUUGAGAAAUCUAAAGCACCAAGAGUAACAGAAAUUUGUGUAGGUAUAUUAGGCAAUAUGUGCUGUGAUUCAAAUAUUUGUAAAGCAAUGGUACAAAAUGAAAAACUUGUUAAAAUGAUAUUUAUGUUGUUAAAGGAUUCUGAUCCACCAACUUUAACUGAAACUACUAGGUUAUUAUAUACAUGUUUAUCUAAUAAAGAAGCAGCCAAGACCUGGGUAGAAUAUAUUAGAGCAGAUGAAGAAGUGAGAGUAGAUUUACAAUUUAUUUUACAGUCAUCAACCAAUAGUGAUUUAUUAAAGAAUACAACAGAAUUUAUAGAUGUACUAUUAGACUAUGAUGAGAUAUUAUGUAAGAAUUGGGCUGAAGAAGAUCUAGUCAUAUCUUUAUUAGAGGCUAUUAAACAAGUUGGAUACAGCCAUAGUGAAACAUUAGAGGCAUAUCUUCAUAUAUUUCAAUUAUUAUCAACAAAUGAAUCAGGUGUAGAGGCUUUGGGUAAGUACUUUCUGUAG